UAUUAUUAUUAUUUUUUUGUGGCUCAAGGUGGGGCCACGCCCCAUGGCCCUCUAUUAGCCAGCCGCCACUGGUAGCAUCCAAGAUCUUUGGGCAGUUUGUUCCAGUUUCAUGCAGCAUAACAGAUAAAUGCUGCUUCAGACCAAACUCUGUGCUGUUCCAGCUGAGAUGAGACAUGUAUUCUGGUCCUAAACCACUCAGUGAUUUACAGUAUGCAGCAGCACUUUAAACAUAUAUUCUGUAACUAACUGGAAACCUAGUGUGAAGAUUUCAUAACUGCAAUAAUAAUGGAGAUGGAAUAUUGUUUCAUCCAGAUGGUUGGAAGAGUGUUUCUGGAAAUACAUUCAGAAUUUAGAACACAAGGAUAAACGACCGGCUGGGUUUUUCCAGUGAUCACAGUGUCAUUAUUAAUUUAGAAUAAUUGUUGUGCAGAAAAAUUGGAUGCUUAGCUCUGUGACUCAUGAGAGGCACAAGCUGGGGCAACAUCAAAUCAGGUUCUAAUGGGGUUAUUUCCAUAUUACAGGGCUCCACAGUGAGGGUUGCAAUUGUCAGUCAUUUUGAGAAAUUGGCAACCAAUGCUUGGCCUUUGGUUGCCAUCAAUGGCAAACCAGUUUUUAACAUAUAGAAAAAAAGGUACAGCAAAAAGCAAAACGUGUGCCCCAAAAUCCAUUGAUAUAUCAUUUUUGUUGCAUUAGUGAUAUUUAAAUAUGGCUGGUCAAAUCAGAACCAGACAACGUGCACAGAGGAAUCUGUUUUAAAAUGAAGUUGUUAAACAUCACAAACGAAAUGUGCAAAUUGAUAGAACUGACAAAGAACCAGAUGAACCUGAACGAAAAACAGUCUUGUGAGGCGAAGUGUCCCGGCAUCUUUAAGCUGUAUGUAAAAAUGAGACCGCAAAGCCUGCAAAACAUACCCCUAACACGUAUGCACGUCACAUUUCCAUUAUUAAGCUGAUAUAUAUCUGCACUGUCUUCAUUACUCAAAAUGUAAGCCUGCUAAAAAUGGUAACCAUGUUUUCCUCUUAACUGUUGUGUUUGAUGAAUUUGCCUUUUUCUUAUCAUGCCUACACCUUGAAAGUGAAUGGGAGUUAAUUCCCAAUCAUAACUUUUAUAUUCCUCUGUUUUUUCACAGAUGAUGCUCAAAAUAACAUAGUAAUUACUUCCACCGCUGACUGGCGACCAAGAACAUCCAGUCAGAUCUAAGAGAACCGCUGCUGAAUUGAGAGACGAUAUUGAGUCACUUGGCUUCAUAUGUGCUUCUAAGCAUGAGUCCUUAACUUCCUCAUCCACCAGGACACGCUGUUACACGAUCCCUUCGGUUGUUGUGUGACGGACCGUCAGGGGAGUUCCACCACCGUACCGUUACUGUAGAAGCCCGAGACGCACCGGCAAGAUGUUUUCAGCGCUCAAGAAGCUGGUGGGGUCUGAGCCAGGGCAGCUCAGGGACAAGAACAUUCCGGCUGGCCUGCAGUCCAUGAACCAAAGUUUGCAGAGACGCUUCGCCAAAGGGGUCCAGUACAAUAUGAAAAUAGUCAUCCGGGGAGAUAGAAACACCGGAAAGAGUACUUUAUGGCAUCGACUGCAGGGCAAGAAGUUUGUGGAGGAGUAUCUUCCCACUCAGGAGAUCCAAGCUACAAGUAUCCAUUGGAAUUACAAAACUACUGAUGAUGUGGUCAAGGUAGAGGUGUGGGACGUGGUAGACAAAGGCCAAAAAUAUCCUCUUCCCGAAGGUGUAGGCAAAGGCAAAAGGCGCGGAGAGAAUUUAAAACUGGAGAAUGAGCCUCAAGAGUCGGAUGAGGUGGCCCUGGAUGCAGAGUUCCUGGAUGUCUACAAGAACUGUAAUGGAGUCAUCAUGAUGUUUGACAUCACCAAGCAGUGGACUUUUAACUACAUCCUGAGGGAGCUGCCCAAAGUACCCACCCACGUGCCGGUGUGCGUGUUGGGCAACCACAGGGACAUGGGCGAGCACCGCGUCAUCCUCCCCGACGAUAUAAGAGACCUGAUCGCUGGACUGAACAGACCAAUGGGAGCGUCUUACAUCCACUAUGCCGAGUCCUCAAUGAAGAAUGGGUUUGGUUUGAAAUAUCUGCACAGGUUUUUCAACAUCCCCUUCCUGCAGCUACAGAGAGAGACCCUACUGAGGCAGCUGGAGACAAAUCAGCUGGACAUGGAUGCCACCCUGGAGGAGCUCUGUGUCCAGCAGGAGACUGAGGAUCAGAACUAUGAUAUUUUCCUGGAGAACUUGGAGUCUCGCAGUAAGGGCUUCGGCUCUCCUGGUCCCGCUAACGGUCAGAGUCCUGACUCGGGCUCCCAGUCCCCCGUCGUCCCUCCCAGUGGGGCCUCCACGGGCAGCUCCAGCCCCAGCACCCCUCAGCCCCCGGUUCCUUCCCAAGUGCUCCCGCAGUCGCCGUCCGUGUCCGCCUCCUCCCCUCCGCCUCCGUCGACAGCCGUCAGCGCAGCAAGUCCCCCCGCUGUUGAGUUGAAGCCGCCGGCCCAGUCGCCCGAACACGUUCAGGCCUCGGCCGCAUCAGGAGUGUCCGCCCUCCAGAAACGCAGCUUCAUGUCCCGCUGGUUUGGUUCACCUCCUGCCGCUGAGGCUCCUGCUUCUGCGCCAGACGACCCAGCCGCACCUGUGUGUCCUGCUAAGGUUCAGAGUGUGGACGACUUUGUGCCAGAUGAGAGGCUGGAUAGAAGCUUCCUGGAGGACAGCCUGCCCUCCAAAACCAAGGUGCCUCAGCCUGCACCGGCUGUGGACAGCGACAGUGACGGCGAGGACAGAGGAAACCCCAUGGUGUCUGGUUUCCUGGAUGAGCUGGAUCCCGACGACACGGAGCCCAGCCUUCCCCAACCGAAGACUCUGCCCCCCAGCAAAGAUAUCACUCUGACCAGUGACGAGGAUGAGGGGAGUCCAGCAGCCCCCGCCGUCACACAGAACCAAGACCUGGACAGUGAACCUGAGCUGAAAGCGCCUGUGAUCUACAUCACAAAACCAAAGGUGGCAUCUAAAGCUCCAGAGCUCAGAGACCAGAGCGCAGCACCCAUCUCCCUCACUCUAACCCCAGCAGCAGAGCAGCUGCCCCGACACCAGGGCAAGAAGAAGGGAAGCCCACCAAGAGCCGAGGACUCCGAUACAGACCCCGAGGCCCCUGCGGCCCAGCAGAUGCUCUCGUAUGUCAUGGAUGACCCCGACUUCGAGUCUGAAGCAUCGGACACACCAAAGAUAACGAAGGCCAUAUUUCCGGUCAGAGACGAGCUUCUGUCCGACCUCUCUGACGAGGACGUGCAGUUAGCCAAGGUGCUAGAACCCCUGAAGCCCACCGUGAUCUCCUUCAAACACAAGGACAUCACCGACCUGUUUGGCCUCGGCAUCCAAGAAGAGGCUCCCGCCGCCAAGGACAGCAGCGAGGAGCAGGAAGACAAAGAAAUCAAACACUCCUUCAAAGACAAGAAAGAGAAGAAAAAGAAGAAGAAAAGCAAAGAGGUAAAGUUAUUGUUGUUAUUGUUAUUGUUGUCACACUGUAAGUUGUAACGUUUCUAAAAGACAGCAGUGUCAACACAAUAACUUGUGUUCUUUGGUUUUUAGGAAGACGAAAAGAACAAGAAGAAACACAAACUCAAGAAAAAGGAAAAAGACGAAGCUGCAGCGGGAGACGAGAAAGAAAAAAAGAAGAAGUCCCGGACCAAGAAAACAGAAGUGGACGAGUUGGAGGACUUUCUGGGCGGAGGAGCAGUGUUGAUCAAACGAGAUGACGGGGAUUAUGAAGAACUAUAAAAAAUAAAAAACAAACUCCUGGUUCCUUGACUUGUAAGAGCAUAAAGCAUCUCCAAGCCAUACGCAAUACGCAAGGCUACCAACAACACCCAGGUAAAAUCACUAAGGACUCUGAUACCUGUAUAUUCCUUCUGAUUGAGUUCCCCAUCUGCACUACCGUGGUCACUUCCACUCCAGCCGACAGCAAACGGCGGGGAGACCCACACGUACAUAAAUUAAAAAUGUUGAUCGGUAUAGCCACAGAUUGGCUCUUUGUACUUUGACACGUUUGAAUAUGUUGGCUGAACAUUUUGUCUUUGAUUUGAUACACACUGCAACUGAUCCACUCCCACUCCGCUAGGCUCACCGUUUUGUUCUGAAUUAGUUUGUUUGGUGUAACAUUGGAGCGCAUGCUUAAAGUGAUGAGUGACUCCUUAGAGACUCCAUCAUGUUCUGUCUUUUCUUUUUUUGGCCCAAGUGCUCAAUGGCAGAUUUGGUCUCUUGUCUCUGAGGAACAAUUUAGAUUGAGUUGAUUGAAGAAUUUUGGCCAUCGACAACAAAGGAAAUGACUUUCCCUUCUUCACUCUUGGAGUACGUCCACACUAAGCCGGCUACAUUUGAAAGCAUUAAAUGUGACAGUUGCAAUCCUCUUCCCUUGUAGUGUGUCAAAGUGGAAGACAAAAUUCAGCAUCACGGACGCCUUACCAUGUCCUGAAAAAAUAUUUAUUUUUGCCUGGUUUGAAAACUCCUAAGUGGUGAUCCAUGAUGUUGGGACAGUGAGUCAGUCUGUGUACUAUAGUCUUCUGUGUCUCUUGGCCAAGUCACAGCAAAAUGUAUGACUCCGAUUGUCUAAUGUGACCGUGACCACCUUGAAAGAAACAAAUAUUGUGUAAUCUGAUCCUGGCAUUACCAGUUUCCACUAAAAAAGUGUAAUGGUGUUCUCUAUUAGUAGGCUUAUUGUGGACAUAGUCUGUGUGAAACUGACUAUCGAGGUCAGCAAAAAUUAUCGAGGUCAUGUCCAUAUAUCAUUCAAUAAGUUAACGUUAAAAUAGUUGAGGUCAUGUUCAUAUAUCGUACAAUAAGUAGAUAAUUAAAAAACUAUCGAGGUCAUGUCCAUACAUCGUACGAUAAGUAGAUAACGUGAUUAUCUUGACAGGCCUCAUUUAAAGCCGUAUGUCCUCGCCAGUUAUUUCAUGAAUGGUUAAUAUAACUUGUAUAAGUUACUCUCCUGCUCCAUUAGCACAAAUCAACAGUUUACAAGCGAACCUAGCGGCCCCCUUUUCUCUGCUUCACCCUGAGGCCGACACACAAAUGUUUUCUGCAACUGCCUUAACAGAGGUUUAGCUCCGACUGAGGGAAUGACGUUCCGCCGUCCUCGUGAACCAUUUUUUAAGUUUUCCUACGGUAAAGCGUUCGCUUGCCUUUUAUCAGUGAAAACGGAGUCUCCGUCAUCUCUGAAGCCUUUUAUCAGAUUGAAGUGAAUCAGGACAUCUGUUUGUCUUUUGUUUUCCUUUGAUUCUCCUCUGACAGCAACAACACCAUAUGGCUAAGGGAGUGUUAUGGAGUCGUGUUAAUAUUUCUCUGCAAGAUGUCCUGUUUUAUCCUUGUGUUAUUUAUUGCUUCCGUUGUUUUGUUUUGUUGCGAAACGUCAGGAUUUAGUUUGCGUGAGUUUGCGCUGAAACUGAGUUUGUGCUGUUCAUAUCUCCUAUAAACACAAAUGGUUCACUUCCACUGCGUUUAAAGACAUGUACGUGGUGAUAUGAACAACAAACGGUAUCUUCCAUAAACCACCACCUUUUUUUUUUUUAUUUUUUCAAACAAGUGAAGCAUUGUUGCAUCUAAUAGAAAAUAACGAUGUGUAUAUUUCGACAGAUUUCAUACGGUCUCCAUCUUCCAUUCAUACGUGUUGUACAAAGAAAUUGUUUGAUAUUCCAAAGUUGAAACUACUCAGCAUUGAUCCUGAAUACUGUGUGCUCUUCCUUUUGUUUUGUUUUUUUGUUUGUUUUAUCAUAUGAUUGAGGAUAAAUGCUGAAAGUGCAGUUUCAAGCAAAGCAUGAGACUUAAAUGUAUAGCAAGAAAAGAAUGUAUAAAGUAUAUAAAUAAUAUCCUUUAUCUGAAGAGCUUUGUUCCAAAAUGAUACAUACGGAAUGUGGAAAUAUGGAAAAAGUCCAUAAAUAUCAUUGAAAUGCUAUAAAAUGAUUGAACCAAGUAAGAUCCAACACGGGAGGGAAAAAUCUGCUCUCUGGAGUACCGACGAUGGACAUGUAUUUUCAGGUGUUUCCAAAUGGAUGUGUGGUAUUUUGGAAUGAAACCCUUCAUUUAUUUUUCACCUCCAUCUUUACACUGAGUUUGCCCAUGUUUGGUUUGUCCAAUAAAUACAAACUUAUUUCUUCA